AUGGCCACCUACAAAAUCCGAGUGGCCACGGGCGACUUCCUGUGUGGGGGUACCAUGGACUCCGUCGCCAUCACCUUGGUGGGAACUCAGGGGGAAAGUCCCAAGUUCCAGUUGGAUAGUUGCGGCAAGGAUUUUUCGCCUGGGGCGGUGGAUGAACACGUGGUUCAAACCGAGCGAGACUUGGGACCCAUCCUGCUCGUCCGGCUGCACAAGGAGCGCUACAGCAUCUUCCCGCAGACCAGAUGGAACUGCAGCUUUGUGGAAGUGGCAGGUCCCGGGGAAGAAGUUUACCGUUUCCCCUGUUACCAAUGGAUUGUGGGAUAUACUACCUUGGAGCUAAGAGAAGGAGCAGCCAAAACCAUCUGCAAGGAUGCUGAGAACCAGCUGCUUUUACGGCACCGGAAAGAGGAGCUCAGAGCCAAGCAGCAGGCCUACAGAUAUAAAGAAUUUCAGCCAGGUUGGCCAAAGUGCUUGGACGUGGACAUUAGGUGA